GCAAUUGAUGGAACCCGCGAUUGCAUCGACUGUCAACGGUGGAGAGACAUGCGCCAUGGAGACGGAUGACAUUCUGAAGGGUUUUGCAGAUGACAGCAAGAAAGGGAAGUCGGCAGGAGGGAACAACGCAGACUGUGUAGAGGUGCUUGCGACAAUAUGUGCACAGACUGCAGAGAUGAGGGAUGAUGGUGAUGAAAUAGAGAAUGAUGCAGGAGGGAGCACUUGUGAGACGGAAACGGUCGGGGAAGAGAGAGAGGAGGGAGGUCUGGGAAGCAGGGAAUCUCUGACAGGGUGUAUUGUGAAAGAUGAAAAUGUGGUGAAGACAUCAGCAGGAGAAGAGUACUCAUAUGACAUCAAUUGGGUGCCGGGUCGUGUUCAACCGGGGCGAGUUCAGGUGAACGAUUUUUUGUACGACAGUUUUGAUUGCGGAAAGGCAUGGGUGAUUGGCGGAAACGACGCAACAGGGAGUACGGCGUGCCACGAGAGCGAUGCGAGGAGGGAUCCUAGGUGGGGUUGGGUGCCAUGUGUGAUCCCGAUUCCAUGUGGCCGUGUGAGGAUGAUGAUGCGUGAUGCCAUGAGAACUGUCUGGAGCACGCAUUAUGUGAAUGGCAACUUCUUCUUUAGGCACCUCGACAGGGAGGUCUCGGAAGACGAGAAGAAGGCAAUGGCAUGUAAUACCCACACUGCUGGCUGCUUUUUCCCGCCGCUUCGGAACCCUGUGGACUCGGAGGUGGUUGAAGGGAAAGUUUUCACAAGCAUUGUGGAGCAUUGGCAGUUCCUCGUGGUUCUGGCACGUGUCUCAAUUUUCAAUGUGAAUGUAAAGGACCACGUCCUGGUGGUUGAACACGCAAAGCGGUGCUGGGAGAAGAUAAGGGAGGAGGAGCGUCAGAUGGUGUGCGCGGGUUAUGACUCCAUGGCUGACCAGGAGAUGUGGUCCAUGGUUGAGGGGAGUUGCACUGCCCAAGAGCACGGCGACGGUGAGAACAGAUACAUGGCUCGCAUUCGCCGCAGGCACGGUUGCACGACCGUUCUUGGUUGGGUCCCGGUCGUAUGUCCCAUGACAUAUGAGCAUGGUGGAGACGUCACCAUGAGAUUCAGAGACCUGCUUGGUGUGCCUUUCCAUCUGACCUACUCAGAUGGACUCAUGCGAGACAUUCGGUAUAUGCCGGAGGAUGGCUUGUCAGGUUCAGCGCAGGCAGGCAAGAGGACAGAGAAACGUUCAGAAAUUUUCCGUUUGUCUGCUGAGGUGGAGGGCCCAUGUGGUCCUGGUCGCGUCGGGGGGUGCUCUGCAGCACAGGGUGACAUGGGCGGGCCGAGCGAUGUCGCGAUGUCGCAGAGCCCGUGGAAGAAGAAGAAGUGCACGCCGGGACCUCCACGUGGGCAGACGCCCGCAGGCAGAAAGAAGGUGAACCUAAAGGCGGUGCCAGGGAUCGGAGACACCACAGGUGCACGAACUCAGAUGACGGCGGUGCGUGCUUUGAUGGAGGUUGCCGAGGCGUACUUGGUCACCAAUUUCGAGAACACCAACGAGGUGGCCAUCCAUUCGAAGAGGGUGACGAUCCAGAGAGAAGAGGACGAAAGACAAACCGUACGCAUCAUGUCGAUGUCAUUAGCACAGGUGGAGGCUGCUCUUGCAGAGGUAAUGAAGUAUGCAAAGGAGGGCGUCCACUACAACGGUGACAGCGAGUUGUCUUUGAUUCAGGACAGGGUGCCAAGGUACUUCAUAGUCGCUGUGGAUAUGAGAUCCACAAUCAUGGCAAACGGCGAGGGCUAUGUCAAAGCACGAACACUCUUGCAACGCUUCAGAGAGUCACCAAAUGUACGUGUGGACAGCGAUGUGGAAGAUAGUGCAUACAGUCUAAAAGGAGUGGUCCGGUGGAUCUGCAGCGAAGGGAUGUGCGAAGAAGGAGACGUGGACAUGACAAUGCAGCAGACAGGGGGGACAUAUACACCUGCAAACUUGGGCAAGUUGCUGGGCACUGUCGCACGGAAUGGGGGAAUGCUGGUUGAUGGGUCGAAGGACGAGUUGAAGAGUGGUGCUGCAGAAAUAUUGGUGUUGUCCACAAUGAAGGACAUUACACAAACACCGCCAGAAGACUUUCAACAUGUUCAUGUCAUUGUCGCAGAUGGUGUGGAAUAUAUUCUGCUAGAUCAACUUGUGGACUUCAUGAAAAAGAGUGACGACGACAGGAACGUCAUCCAUGAGGCGUUGCACGUAGUGACAGAGUUUGCACUGCAGGGUCAAGAUCUGAUAGAAUUUGUGCCAGCAAUAACGGAAGACAACAUCAUAUCUGGCAAACCGUUGUGGGGGGAGUUGUUAUCAGCUGCUUUGGAGCGGCUCGGUCUUGCAAGUUGCGAUGUUGAGAGACGAAGAGAAAGAAAAUAAGGGUGGAAGGUGAUGGCCACGGAAACAAAUUUAGCAAUCAUUC